AUGGUGCAGGAAGCGAACAUCGCAAGUUGGACUCUCUGCGGCAUACGAACAUUGUGCGGGGCCGUCUCAAAAAAUUCUUUCAAUUUAGCGGUGCUGCCACCAAUAUCAGAUGCGUGCCAUCAUCAUUCAUUGCGUACUCCAGAAGAUCAUGGAUGGCGAAGAACAACCACAGGACUGGACGCAGUACGGAUGGCAAAGGAACCUGCUCCAGAUGUUUUACUUAAAAGCAUCUCGUGCAGAUGCAAGAAAGGUUGUGGAUCUGCUUGUUGUUGCCGUAAAAUAGGAUUGAAAUGUUUGAUUCUGUGUUUACACUGUACUGGGAUGUCCUGCGAAAACAUUACGGACCAGAUUGCGUUAGACGACGACAAUGCUGAAGAUGUCGAAAACGUUCACGAUCAAUUACAGGACGAUGAGUACCAAAUAUACAAGGCCAAAUUUGACGAAUAA